AUGUCGGAUUCCUUUAUUAGAUCACGGCGACGUGUUGACGAUACCGGUUCCACAUCACACGCAGUAUCAUCUGUCGUUUUUGAUCACGACACCAAAAAGGAGUCAGCUAGUGUAACUCCGUCAUUUUUUGGAAACUAUACUUCACUAAGUAGUACCGUUUUUGGAGCUUCCCCUACUCAGCUUUGGAAUUCCGCGCAGGAAGCCAUCUCCUCGAUCCCAUCCCCGCUGUAUUAUCCUUCUGAGCAGCUACCGUUAGAAGAUUCAACGACUGAGAAAGCCUUUCCUGUGUUAAGUGUAUUUGGAGAUCCGCUAGAUUCACUCAGUUUUACAAUGCCGUCAAGGGACAGAACUGCCGAGUUCAGGACAACAUGCAAAUCCUUGCAGAUGAAGAUUCACUCAAAUGGCUUUGUUCCGCACACCAAGAAGGAAAUUCUCAAUAGUUCAGUGCACUUCAAUCAAUUGGCAAAAAGAAUUGGACGCGAUUUAAGCCAGACAUGCGCAAAGAUGGAGAGGCUAGCCGAAAUGGCCAAAAAGAAAAGCCUUUUCGAUGAAAAAAGUGACAUGGAUCAUCUCUCCAGAGUUGUCAAGGAGGACAUCACCAGCUUAAAUAAGCAAAUAGCCGCUUUGCAAGAAUUUUCCAGAGAGCGUAAUGCUGGUACAAAGAAUCAAGGAACGGGUCAUUCUCAAUUAGUUGUUGUUGGGCUGCAAUCCAAGUUAGCCAGCGUCAGUAAAGAUUUCCAAAGCGUCCUGGAAAUAAGUACAGAAAAUUUGAAACACCAGAAGAAUAGGCGGGAAAAGUUCUCAAAUGCUGAUCCUUUACCUACCUCUUUCCCCUCUUCUUCAUCGGGUGCAAAUGUCCGUUCUCGAUUGCUUGAUGACGAUAACCAACACGGUGUACCUCGUAUUAACAGUGUUUCAUUGGAUAUGGGUGCAAUGGAGCAAAUGCGUGUACAGCAACAGGUAGUUCUCCAAGAUCAGUCUGACGCGUAUGCUCAAGCGCGUUCUAAUGCAAUGGAGACGAUAGAAGGAUCCAUAUCAGAACUGGGACAAAUUUUCGCGCAGUUGGCGAGCUUAGUUAGUGAACAGGGCGAAAUGAUUACACGUAUUGACUCGAAUGUCGAGGAUACGGCGAUAAAUAUCGAUGCUGCGCACACGGAACUCGUGAAAUACUUCCAUAAUAUUAGCAAAAAUCGAUGGCUGAUGAUCAAAGUUUUUGGUGUGCUCAUGGUCUUCUUUAUAGUAUUCGUUUUAUUCCUUACGUAG